UGUGUGCAGGAGAAGUGCAUGGACAAGCCGGGUCCGAAGCUGGACAGCCGGGCCGAGACGUGCUUCGUGAACUGCGUGGAGCGCUUCAUUGACACCAGCCAGUUCAUCCUGAACCGGCUGGAGCAGACGCAGAAGUCCAAGUCGGCCUUCUCGGAGAGCCUGUCCGACUGA